AUGGAUAUCUUCAUCACCAACGUGCCACCCCGAGUCAACCGUGUUGAGCUCAGGAUGUUUUUGAAAGACAAGCUACAGGCACAUGACAUAUUGGCUUUCGACGUCUUCAAGAAGGUCGGCGAGAAUUGGGCAACCGUCACUGUCGCCCAUGAGAAGAAUGGUAGGAGCUUCAUCAAACGACACGGAUUUCGCGGUCCUGAAACACUGAAGUUCAAGUCUGCGCCCCUCGGUGUCAAAGCCAGUAACCGGAAAGGCCAACCUGAGCCGCUAAAAGUGCUUUCGCUACAAGAGAAGGAGUCUACCAUGAAGGCAAAGCACAUACGUCAACUUCCUACUGCGCGACAUGACGGGUCCCCAAGUUCAAUCUUCCCAAUUCAUUGUUUAAUGACCGGAGUCUGGGGCUACGAUCACUUAGGCAAAUUGAUUUUCGACCAGAAGCUCAAGGAUACACGUGCAGGCUCUGUCAUUUUCGGCAAGUAUGCAUUAAUGAUUUAUCUCAAGAACGCGGCCCACACCGAAGAUGACUGGCAUUGUCGGAUUGACAUUCCAUACGCCAUCCUGGAACACACUCUCCCAUCCGUCGACAAUGGUACAAGGGGUUCGAUUACCCUUACUUUGAAGGCGCCACCAAAGAUCUAUAAGAUCUUGGACACAGAAGACCUGCAUCUCUAUACUGGCCAGUUGGCUCCACAAGUCGAGGUCAGCCUCGGUCAGCUCAUGAGAGAUUUGAAACUAGACACCGCGAGUCGCAGGCCAAAGCCGCCUAAGUUGGAACGACUAUGUCGUCUCCACCGCCAGUCUGACAAGAACACGGCCUUAUGCAUGGUCUACAAACUCCAAUUCCCGGAUCGGCAUUCAGUACGUCAAGCAUGGACUUUCUUAAAAAGCUUCUCUGUGCCCGAGCUACACUGUUGGAAGACUAUGGUGCCCCAUGUGCCUACCAAAACCAUCGAGGGCGACUUCAACGAUCUUGUGAAUCGUGUAUCAAAGGAGGAACUAGCAUAUGCCGUACAGUUCCAGAUGUUUGCGCUUGUCUUCGAAGGCACCAUCACCCCCAGGAAGAUGACUGAGAUGUUGCCCUCGAUAGUAUCGAUGGCUGAUAUUUACGGUCCAUUAGUAACGGCUUCCGCUGUCAGAUUACUUCAAAGCAAGGUUCCUACCCCUGGGCCGCAUGUGGGAUCAAGCGAUUUCCAGAUUACCACGCUUCGUGACUUGUUGGCGCAGGGCAUCAAAAUGAGCCAGGACACGGAGCACUAUGUAGCGAGCAACAAGCGGGGACAGCAAGACCAUGUCGUCUUGACUCACAAGGCUACGAUCACACCAACUGGUAUCUUCCUCCGAGGUCCAGACGCGGACACGUCGAAUCGGAUCCUGCGCAAGUACUCACAAUAUACCGACUACUUCAUGCGCGUUUCAUUUACAGAUGAAGAUGGCGUGUCAGUAUUCCAUGAUCCGAAAGCUUCGCAACAUGAGGUAUACGAACGGUUUCGAAAGAUUCUUCGAGAAGGCAUCCAUGUAGCAGGUCGGCACUUCGAAUUCCUAGGAUUUUCGCAUGCCUCGCUGCGGUGCCAUCAAGUCUGGUUCAUGGCCUCUUUCAUAUUCAAAGGUUUGCCAAUUUGUGCAAGGGACGUGAUUCAAAAUCUGGGUGACUUCAAUGGAUUUACCUGCAGUGCAAGAUGCGCUGCUCGUAUCGGACAAGCAUUCUCCGACACGAUCUUUGCUGUCCAAAUCCCCAGUACCGCUACUAUUCUGGAGACGAAGGAAGACAUCACGAGGAACAACAGAGUGUUCUCAGAUGGAUGUGGAACGAUGUCACUCGAGUUGUUCCAACUGCUGUGGCGUAAACUUAAUCCUCAACAACGUCGGAAACGCCCAACAGUGCUACAGAUCCGGUGCCGCGGCGCCAAAGGAGUCCUAUCGCUUGAUAGCUCUUUGGUUGGCGAGGAGCUACACAUCCGCAAAAGCAUGACGAAGUUCAUUGCUGGAUCAGAGUGGAGAGACCUAGAGAUUUGCAGCGCUGCUUACAGGCCACUGCGAGUGUACUUGAAUCACCAGUUCAUUAAGAUCCUGGAAGACUUGGGGGUUCCUCCGCAGAACUUCAUCAAAGUUCAGAACGAAGCUCGAAAACAGCUCGAGCUGAUCGUCAAGCAUCCGCUAAAUGCAGCUGACUUCCUACGUAAACACAAGACUAACAUCAGGACAGGCUACUCUCACUCAGCUGAUCACGCCAAGAUCCCGAGGUUGUUUGAACUAAUGCACUACGCUGGACUGUCAUUCCAAACUGAUCAGUUCCUAUGUGAAAUCGUCGAAGUUGCCGCCAUGUCAAGUAUUCGUGACUUGAAGUAUCGGGCUCGGAUUCCCGUAGAGAGUGGUCAUCUCCUCUACGGCAUCAUGGACGAGACCAACACGCUCAAAGAAGGCGAGGUGUAUGUCGCUACGGAAGACGAGACUCCUAGUGGGCGGCGGGAAAAGAACAUCCUUAUCGGGGAUCGCGUCGUAGUGACUCGAGCCCCGGCGCUGCAUCCUGGAGAUGUACAGCUCGUCUCCGCCGUCAACGUUCCUGACGGCUCGCCACUCAGAUCGCUACACAAUUGUAUCGUCUUCUCACAGCAGGGAGCUCGUGAUCUCCCUUCGCAGCUCAGUGGUGGUGAUCUUGAUGGAGAUUUGUUCCACGUCAUCUGGGAUCCUCUACUGAUUCCCAAGUACACGGUACCAGCGGCAGACUACGCUGCUGCUGCCCCCUUUAAUCUCGGUAGACCUGUUGAGGUCAACGACAUAGUCGAUUUCUUCAUCGGGUUCAUGCAGAACGACAAGCUGGGUCAGAUUUCUAAUAUGCACAAGAUCAGGGCGGAUAAAAGGGAGAAUGGAACGUUUGAUAGCGAUUGCAUCCUACUGGCAAAGCUAGCUUCUGACGCUGUUGACUUCAGUAAAUCCGGUGUCCCAGCCAAAACCUCCGAUAUUCCACGCGACAUAGACAUAAUCCGCCCAGACUUCAUGGCCCCAGGUCACAACUUCGUCAUCAAUGACCUCGGCAGCACCGAGCUUCAAGAUCUAGAGAUAGAAGACAUUGAGGACCCAGACAGCCUCAGCAUCCUCGACCACGACAUGUCGCGAGUGCGCUACUACCGCAGCAAAAAGGCUCUUGGCCACCUCUACCGAGCCAUCGACGAGCGCGAAUUCUUCGACCACAUGAAAUCCGACUUCGCCGCGAUGCAGUCCUCCACGCCGGGCUUGUCCCUCAUGCAAAAGCUCGAGCAAUACAUCGACCGCGAAACCCAUCUCGUCCAAUGGGCGCACCACACCACUUUCGCCGAGGAACUCCGCGAAUACUACGAGUUCAACAUGAUCGACAUCAUGGACACGAUGCGCGUGCACCGCAGAAGCCCCCUCACUGAGCUUGAAGUGUUCAGCGGUAAUAUCCUGGGCAAGAAGGAGCGCGCAUCCACGCGGUUUAUCCGUCAGGCCAACGAGGACGUGCAGGAGCGGUUUAACCGCGACGUUUCGGGUAUUGUGAGUGACAUUGUCCGUGGCGAUGGGGAGGGUGACGCAGAGGCGCUGCCAAGGGCGAUUGCGUGCUUUAAGGUGGCACUGCAGACGGAGGGCUGGGAAAACCAAGUUCUGAUCAAGAGCUGGAAGUACGUCGCUGCUUCGGUGUGCUUGGAGCAGUUGUGGAAGUUUCAGGGCGGGAGUUUGAGGCCGCUUUGA